AACACCUUCUCAUGGACCAGAAGGUUUGACUCCUCGUGGAGGACUAACUCCUAAACCUGUGGUUGGUACAACUCCUGGCAGAACUCCGCUGCGUGAUAAAUUGAACAUCAACCCAGAAGAGGGAAUGGCAGAUUACAGCGACCCAUCUUAUGUGAAACAAAUGGAGAGAGAGUCUCGUGAACACCUGCGCCUUGGUCUCAUGGCCCUCCCUGCUCCAAAGAACGACUUUGAGAUCGUUCUACCUGAAAAUGCAGAAAAAGAACUUGAGGAGCAUGAAGUAGAUGAAGCCUUUGUAGAAGAUAGUGCUGAUAUAGACGCCCGCAAGCAGGCUCUCCGAGAAGCAGAGCGUGCAAAGGAACUCAAGAGGAUGCACAAAGCUGUUCAGAAAAACCUACCACGGCCCUCAGAAGUUAAUGAAACAAUACUGAGACCCUUAAAUGUGGAACCACCUCUAACAGACUUGCAGAAAAGUGAAGAGCUGAUAAAGAAAGAGAUGAUUACUAUGCUUCAUUUUGAUCUUUUACACCACCCGUUUGGAGAGCAGCCUAGUGGUAAGAAGGGGAAAGGCCCAGGAUUUGGAAGCAACAAUGCAGAACAUAUGGCUUACCUGGAGCAGAAUCCUUAUGAGAAAUUCUCCAAAGAGGAGCUCAAGAAGGCACAGGAUCUACUGGCACAAGAGAUGGAAGUGGUAAAGCAAGGAAUGGGGCAUGGAGAGCUCUCAAGUGAAGCUUAUAACCAGGUGUGGGAAGAAUGUUACAGCCAAGUGUUAUACCUGCCUGGACAGAGCCGCUACACCAGAGCUAACCUGGCCAGCAAAAAAGACAGGAUAGAGUCACUUGAAAAGAGGCUCGAGAUAAACAGAGGCCACAUGACAACUGAAGCAAAAAGAGCUGCCAAGAUGGAGAAGAAGCUGAAGAUCUUGCUUGGUGGUUAUCAGUCUCGAGCAAUGGGUCUCAUCAAACAGUUGAAUGAUUUGUGGGACCAAAUCGAACAGGCACAUCUGGAGCUGCGUACUUUUGAGGAGCUGAAGAAACAUGAAGAUGCUGCAAUCCCUCGGAGACUGGAGUGUCUGAAGGAAGAUGUGCAGCGACAGCAGGAGAGAGAAAAGGAGCUCCAGCAGAGAUUUGCUGACUUCAUGUUGGACAAAGAGACUUUUCAAGCAAAGUAUUAAAGCACAAAAUUCCAUUCGUCACUGAUGUAACAUUUUUCAAGUGUACAGAUACUGCUUCUCCAGCAGCUUUUGCCAUCCGUUGCAGAAAUCAAGUGUAGUCUGCUGUUUGCAUCUUGUCAAGUUUUGUUCCUUUAAUGGACUAUUCCAGAUGCUCUAGGUAUGAAUGGCUUUGGCCGGUAUUAAAAAUUGGAUUGAAAUGUCCAGAAUUUUAUUAAAAGAGAAAAACAAAUCACUCUGGUAUUAUUUUACCUAUGUCUUCAUUUGCUAGGUUUAGCACAUCAUUCCUAGUGUUUUAUCAGUCUGAAGACCUGUAAGAUAAAUGUCUGCAGAAUAAUGUCUUUGGGAUAAACCUGGAAUGUUAAAAAAUAAUUAAGAAAUAAAA